AUGUCAAUGCUGAAUGCCAGUACUCCCUUCCACCCUGCUGCCUUCCUCCUGGUUGGGAUCCCAGGCCUGGAGGCCACCCAGUUCUGGAUCGCCUUCCCUUUCUGCAUCAUGUAUGUCAUUGCCAUGGUGGGAAAUGUCAUUGUCUCCUUCAUUAUAAAGACUGAGCCGAGCUUGCAUGAGCCCAUGUUCUUUUUCCUGGCCAUGCUGGCCAUCACUGACCUGGUCCUGACCACUUCCACUGUACCCAAAAUGCUGGUCGUCUUCUGGCUGGGCUCCAGGGAGAUUGGCUUCCAUGCCUGCCUCACUCAGAUGUUCUUUAUUCACACCUUCUCAUCGGUGGAGUCGGGUGUUCUCAUGGCCAUGGCACUGGACCGCUACAUUGCUAUCCGCUACCCUCUCUGGCACUACAGCAUCCUCUCCAUCCCCAUGACCAUGAAAAUAGGAAGCCUCGUGCUGAUACGUGGGGUCCUCUUGAUAAGCCCCUUCUCCAUCCUCGCCAGCCGGCUUCCCUUCUGCGGGCACCGCCUCAUCUCCCACUCGUACUGCGAGCACAUGGCUGUGGUGAAGCUGGUGUGUGGAGAUGCCAGAGCCAACGUUGUGUAUGGCCUACUUGUGGCUUUUGUGGUGGUGGGCUUUGAUGUGCUCAUGAUCUCUGUGUCCUAUGCCAUGAUCCUGCGGACGGUCAUGAGGCUCCCAUCCACCGAGGCCCGUCUCAAAGCCGUCAGCACCUGCGUUUCCCACACCUGCAUCCUCUUGGCUUUCUACGUUCCCGGCCUCUUCACCUUUCUCACCCACCGAUUUGGCCACCACAUCCCGCACCACGUUCACAUCAUGGUGGCCAACCUCUACCUCCUGGUGCCCCCAAUGCUGAACCCUGUCGUGUAUGGGGUGAGAACCAAGGAGAUCCGGGACAGGCUGAACCGUCUGUUCCACCCAAAAGGGAUCUGA